GCCGCCAAGAUGGCGUCGAUGCGGGAGAGCGACACGGGCCUGUGGCUGCACAACAAGCUGGGAGCCAUGGACGAGCUGUGGGCGCCCCCCAGCAUCGCGUCCCUGCUCACCGCUGCGGUCAUCGAUAACAUCCGCCCCUGCUUCCACCGUCUCUCAUCAGCUGUGAAGCUCAAGCUGCUGCUCGGGAUGCUGCACCUUCCGCGCCGCACGGUGGACGAGAUGAAGGUCGCUCUGAUGGAUAUUAUCCAACUGGCUACCCUAGACUCAGACCCCUGGGUCGUCAUGGUUGCUGACAUUCUGAAGUCCUUUCCUGACACUGGCUCACUGAAUCUAGACCUGGAAGAGCAGAACCCCAAUGUUCAAGAUAUCUUAGGAGAACUUAGAGAAAAAGUGGGCGAGUGUGAGGCAUCUGCCAUGCUACCACUGGAAUGCCAGUACCUGAACAAGAAUGCCCUAACCACCCUCGCUGGGCCCCUCACCCCACCAGUGAAGCAUUUUCAGCUGAAGCGCAAACCCAAGAGUGCCACUCUGCGGGCAGAGCUGCUACAGAAAUCCACUGAGACAGCCCAACAGCUGAAGAGAAGCGCCGGGGUGCCAUUCCACGCCAAGGGCCGGGGCCUGCUCCGCAAGAUGGACACUACAACUCCUCUCAAAGGCAUCCCGAAGCAAGCCCCCUUCAGAAGCCCCACUACCCCCAGCGUCUUCAGUCCCUCUGGGAACCGGACCCCAAUACCACCUUCGAGAACGCCACUGCAGAAAGAAAGGGGUGUGAAGCUGCUGGAUAUUUCUGAACUGAAUACGGUUGGUGCUGGCCGAGAGGCAAAGAGGAGGAGGAAGGCUUUGGACACGGAAGUGGUGGAAAAGCCCACCAAGGAAGAGACAGUUGUUGAAAAUGCCACCCCUGACUACGCUGCUGGCCUGGUGUCCACACAGAAACUUGGGUCUUUGAAUAGCGAGCCAGCACUUCCCUCCACAAGUUACCUGCCCUCUACCCCCAGUGUGGUACCUGCCUCAUCUUACAUCCCCAGCUCUGAGACCCCUCCAGCCCCUCCUUCCCGGGAAGCCAGUCGACUGCCUGAGGAGCCCAGUGCCCCAAGUCCUACACUACCAGCUCAGUUAGCUCAGUUUAAACAAAGGGCACCUAUGUACAACAGUGGCCUGAGCCCAGCUACACCAACACCUGGGGCACCUUCCUUGCCUCUGAUACCCACUAUUCCCCCAGUUGCCACUUCUACUGCUCAGUCACCCCCAGUGGCCAUAGUGGCCCCACAGACUCAGGCACCUGCUCCUGUUCAGCAGCAGCCUAAGAAGAAUCUGUCCCUCACGAGAGAACAGAUGUUUGCUGCCCAGGAGAUGUUCAAGACAGCAAACAAGGUCACUCGGCCAGAGAAGGCCCUCAUCCUGGGCUUCAUGGCUGGUUCUCGAGAGAACCCAUGCCCGGAACAGGGGGAUGUGAUCCAGAUCAAGCUCAGCGAGCAUACAGAGGAUCUGCCGAAGGCAGACGGCCAGGGCAGUACCACCAUGCUAGUGGACACCGUGUUUGAGAUGAACUACGCCACAGGCCAGUGGACCCGCUUCAAGAAGUACAAGCCCAUGACAAAUGUGUCCUAAGUGCCAUCUCUGCUGCUGACCCUCAUAAGGCAAGAAGACAA